AUGAAAGAUCUGGCAGCGUUGAAGCUUUUACCCUGCCUUCUUUUCCUAGCUAUCGUGUUCGCCUGUCAGCCCUGCACCUGGGCGACUAGCGCCGCCUUGCGCGCCGACCUCACGCACGUCGACAGCGGGCGUGGCUUCACCAACGGCGAGCUGCUCCGCCGGAUGGCUGCUCGUUCGACGGCACGAGCGGCCAGCCUGCGGUAUUCUUCAUCCGCCCGCCCCGGCGACGCCAGCAAGGCUGAGGCGGUGACCGUGCCGAUGGCUCGCGGCAACACCGACACGGAGUACUACGGUUCCGAGUACCUCAUCCACUUCGGUAUCGGCACGCCGAGGCCGCAGCCGGUGGCGCUGGCGUUGGACACCGGCAGCGACCUAAUCUGGACGCAGUGCGGGUGCAUCGUCUGCUUCGACCAGCCGCUCCCUCUGGUGGACACCUCUGCCUCCGCCACCGUCCGUGGCCUCUCUUGCACCGACCCUCUCUGCCGGAGCGGAGGAGGCCUCCCGCUCUCCGGGUGCGCCGCCGACGACAACGUUUGCUUCUACGUCUACGCCUACGCCGACCAAACGGUCACGACGGGCAAGAUCAUGGAGGACACCUUCACGUUCCAGGCGCCAAACGGCACGGGCGUCGCCGCCGUGCCGAGCCUCCGCUUCGGAUGUGGCGUGUACAACACCGGCAGCUUCAUAUCCAACGAGUCGGGCGUCGCCGGCUUCGCCCGUGGGCCGCUGUCGCUGCCUUCGCAGCUCAAAGUCACCAGCUUCUCGUAUUGCCUCACGGCCAUAGCAGAUGGCACGACCAGCCCGGUGUUCCUGGGCACGAUGGACAGCCUCCAAGCGCAGGCCACGGGGCCCAUCCAGUCCACCCCGUUCGCCCCAGGCCCCGCGGGCAGCUUGUUCUACUACCUUUCGCUCCAAGGGAUCACCGUCGGCAAGACGCGACUGCCCUUCAACGCCUCCGUCUUCGCGAUCAAGGACGACGGCUCGGGCGGGACCAUCAUCGACUCCGGCACAUCCAUCACCAACUUCCCGCAGGCCGUGUUCGAAAGCCUCCAGGAGGCGUUCGUGUCGCAGAUGCCGCUGCCCGUCGCAAACAACUCCGACGGCAGGCUGUGCUUCGCCGCCAUCUCCUCUUCGUCCUCCACUGCGGCGGACACGACCAAAGUGCGUGUGCCCAAGCUCAUCCUCCACCUGGACGGCGCCGACUGGGACAUCCCGCGGGAGAAUUACAUGCUGCACGUCCAAGACGUUGACGGCACCGGCGCCGGCGACGGGCUGUGCCUGGUCAUCGAUUCGUCAGGCGUCGACGACGGCUUCACCAUCAUAGGCAACUUCCAGCAGCAGAACACCCACAUCGUCUACGACCUCGAAGCCAAUAAGAUGAGCUUCGCGCCCGCACGCUGCAACAAGCUCUGA